AUGUCUAGUCAAUAUUUAUUAGAUGAAAAACUGUUACUGAUAUAUUAUCAACCCAAACCCAAACCCAAUCAAUAUAUAUAUAUCAUUGAUAAAUAUUUUUGUCAAUUGAUUCAUAAUCCAAUUAUAUCAUCAAUAAUAUUAAUAUUAUCAUAUGUCUAUUAUUAUUAUUAUAGUAACAUACUACUCAAAAAUGAUAAUGAUAAUGAUAAUGAUAAUGACUAUUCCUAUUUACCACAAUAUCUAUUUAUUAAUGAUUUAAUAUCAAAUAUUAUCAAUAUAAUUUGUAUAUUAAGAUUUCAAUUUCGUUUAAGAUUUAAUCAUAUUAUUGGAGAAUUAAUAUUUUUCAUGGUUCAAUUAUGGAUUAGUUAUCAAUUAAUAAUUAAUCAAUUAUUAAUAAUACAUUUUAAUGAAUCAACAACAACCAGAACAGCAACAACAACAUCAAUAAUAACAAAUAUUUCUGUAAUAAUUAUACAAUGGAUAAUAUAUUUACAAAUGAUAUUACCAAUAUUAAUUAUUGUUUUCACUUUUAUUGAUAAUUAUAGAAAUAGAAAUAAGACCACCACUACCACCACCACAACUACUACUAAUAAUGAUGGUGAUAAUAAUAGAUUAUAUUCAAUUAUAUUUGAAGGUAAUAAUCAUUAUCUUCCAGUAUUUUUAACUUAUUCAUUUUUCUUAAUUAAUAUUAAUUUAAUCACAAUUAAUAUAAAUACAAGUGAUGAUUAUUGGAUAAAUUUAUUAAAUGGAUUACAAUUACAAUUACAAUUACAAUUACAAUUACAAUAUCAACAAUUAAUUAAAUUUAUUUAUCAAUUAAAUUGUUUUUCAUAUAAAUUUUAUUUAAUUUAUCAAUUUAUUUUAUAUGAAUUAUCAAUUUAUCAAAUUGGUUUUAAAAACGAAAAAAAAUUUUUUAAUUAUAAAGAAUUUUACCCAAAGCAAUCAAUUUAUCAAAUUUUUAAUAAUACUAAUAAUAAUAGUGAUAGUAUUAUAACAAUGAAAAAGAUAUCAAAUUUUUCAAAAUUUUGGAAAUUUUGGAAAUCUGAUCAAUUUAAAAAUUAUUUAAUGAUAUUUGUAUGUUUAAUCAUUAUAAUAAUUGAUAUCAUAUCAUAUAAUAUCAUAUAA